UUAAACGAGCAAUCGCAAUCCGAGAGUGAAGUAAAAGAAGAUGAUAACGAAACGGAAACAGCAAAAUCGUGCGAUGGACAAAAUGUUCAGGAAUGUCCGAAGAAAAAGAGGAAGAAAAAAAAGAAGAAAAAUUCUGGGAAACAUGCAGCCAACCAGCAUCGCAGUAGCGAGGAUAAUGCAGAUGUCGAUGAAGUGGAGCGAUCAUUGCGGGAAGUAAAUAGUCUUCUGGGAGAAACACCGCAAAUUGUGACCGAGAGCCGAAAAGCUCAACACCAUCAAAAAUCUAUUUUGAAUAUUCAACAUAAGCAUCUGAAUCCCAACAAUGAGCUAAAGCGGAUUUUUGGCUCCAAAGUUAUUCAGGCUGAACAUAAGAGGAAGAGUAGGAGCGGGUCUAGAACACACUUAAAAACCACCUGGAUGGUAGCCUACAAAGAACACUGGCAACAAGCUAAUAAAUCCGGUCUUUCAAUGGCACUUUUGGAGACAAAAGAUGGUAUAAAUUAUUUUGUUUACGAGCAUAAUCAGAAUUAUCGCCAAGUUGAAAAUAGAUUUUUACGAGCGGUGGAAAGUUUAAACCCGGACACCAUUGUGUCGAUUAUUAACGACUAUCCCUAUCAUGUAAACGCGCUGAUUCAGACAUCAGAUUUGUGCAAGUUGAGCGAGGAUUUGGCGAUGGCUGCAGAAUUAAUCGAACAGGCACUGUACUAUCUCGAAGUUGCUUUUCAUCCGCUUUUCAGUGUAACACAGGGUAACUGUCGUUUGGACUAUAGACGACAAGAGAAUCGGGCAUUGUACGUGGCGAUGUUUAAACAUCUAGCGUUUCUGGGUGGAAGAGCCUGCAAUCGCACUGCAUUGGAAUUUUGCAAACUUUUGUUAUCCUUAGACCCGGAGGGUGAUCCGGUAGCAGUUAAGCUAUCUAUAGAUUUUUACGCUCUUCGAGCGAAAGAGUAUCAGUGGCUUGUGGACUUUGUUGAGCAAUCAGAUAUCAGAUUCUAUUUGAUGCAGCUUCCAAAUUUUUCAUUUUCUGUUGCAAUGGCCCGAUUUUAUUUGGGCGACGUAGUGAAGGCCAAUGAUCUAUUACAGGAUGCACUUCUUAUGUUCCCGCAGGCGUUGAUGCCUUUGUUGGAGAAAUGCUCUAUACAAAUAGACAAACGGGUUUCACAACACUCAUUUUUUACAAUGCCAGAUGAGAAAAAUACACCAAAAGCGUUGGCACCGUUAAUCACGUUGUUCGUGAGCAGAAAUUGUCACAUUUGGAAAGACGCCGUUCUACUGCCGUGGUUGGAGAAAAACGUUCACAAUGUGCUAGACCGGGUAGAUCAAAAUGACCCAAUCGUUCAAGAUUACUUCGAAAAACGAAUGCGAAGAUUUUCAGGGCCCAUUCCAUUGAGUAUAGCCAGGCACAUAAUUCUAUCAGAUGAACAUAAAGGCCUCCAACUAACG